CGUCCAUAGCCCUCAAAUCUUAUACCAGUCUGGACUGACCACUCGUACCCAACUCGACAUUUCCCUACUUAGCAGAGCUAAGCCCCCUUUCCCCCCCUCGGCAGCACCCCUGUACCCGGCCUUUUUCAAGUUCUUCCGCUCAGCUGGCCUGCGCGAGAGCUCAGCGAACCACAAACCUCCCACCAAACGUUUGCUUGGUCUCCUACGUCACUCAGUCAACAAUGAGGCCUAUCACUGUAUCUUGGGUGCUAACAGCCCUGAUCGUCUCUGCAGCUGCUGCACCCAUUCCCGCAGUCGGACCUGCCAUCGGAAGCGUGGAGCGCCGCAUGGAGCAUGAGGUGCCAGUUUUCAGCUUCAAGGAUUAUACCAGACAGCCUAUCCCGCCCCCGGAAGAGAGGUCACAGAUCGAGGAGGCAGCCUUGCUCGAAGCUAGGCGUCUUCACAUCAUCAACCAUUUCCCUGCUACUCUGACGUACCCGGAUGGUACUCCAAUCCGUUCGGAGAAGCGGUCGGAGUCCCUUGAGAAGCAGCAGCCAGCGCUGGUCGCGAGAACACCCUCAGUGUCCGCCUCGCAGCCGAGCGUCCAACUUCUCGCAGCCAGAGCUCCAGCUCCAACACCUGCACCAGGUGAGCACAAGGAGUGGACGCAGCAUGGAGAUGAAAUUUGUGGCGCUUUAGGACAGCAUGGCACCUAUGGCCAAAGGAAGGUGACUGCUCUCACUGGCGAGGAUGCGAAAUACGUGAUGGGAGUCGCUCAAAGCGACAUCUUGCGGCGAAGUCCCCACAAGAGCGCGUGUGGGCACUACGACCGUGGUCAAAAGAUGACAUUCAAGCCACUCGCCAAAAGGCGUGAAGAGUUGCCAUCCAAGGAGUUUGGGUAUGCGAUGAAGGAAUUGGGCCCGAUUACCCCCAUGGACUACAAUCCGUCGAGGAGUAAGAAGAUGCACAGUGGUGUUGCAGCUCUGGUCGAUGACGAGCCGGUCACGAAGCAUAAUCACAAGCACAACCAGUACAAAUCUGGUGCUGGUUACCAGACGGUCAACAUUAACGAGCUCGACAGGGUCCCCCUCCCACUCAGUCAACUCACGGGGCUUGGGCCUGAAGUGAAAGGCACCUUCCACGGCUUCAAACGCAGGGCAGCAUUGGAAGGUGAGGCUUGAACGCCUUGUCGCCGACUAGCACGCUACGAAUGUGUACGUGCACCCAUGCCCUUGCUCACGAAUGUGGACUUGUAGGGCGUGGUGGUAAACGGCGGA